GUGAAACAGAGAGAAAGAACGGAGCAGAGAGAAACAGUGAUGAGGAAGAAGAAAGACGACGGCGGUUCCGGCGGAGGAGGAGUCUCGAUAACGGCGGCGCUGGCUGGAGUGCCUUGUUUCCCCUUCUCCCUUUCUGACUGUGGUGAUAGGGAAAGUUGGGGGUUUUUGAGGAUGACUUCAUAGCAUGGUGGUUUUGGUUACAGUGGUGCAGUGCAGGAUGACUCCAACGCACAACACGUAUUCCACUUCUCUUCUUCAGAGGUUUUCUCCUUCUUCUCCCUAUGUGAAAUCCUCCAAUUCUUCUGGUUUUGAAGUUUCUCUUCAUUCUCAAAGAACUCAUCUUCCUCUUGUUUCAGUUCUUCCAAAGUGCAGAUACCUUACCCAUUAAUAGUGAUCUUUUGGGUCGUAUUGUCUACGGGCGGUAUGUUGCUUCUUGCGUUUGCUCUCGCAGCCUGUGAAGAACGUGAUCUAAGACGAAGAGGAUGGGCUGAUUAUGAAGGCGGCCGAAGGCUAUCAGAUGUUGAUCAAAUUCGCCAUCCUCCACCACCGUCACAGCCACGCCUUGCAGUUCCUUGUUCUCAGCCUCCUGUAGUGCCACGGCCACCACCACUGCCACAACCACGCCUUCCAGUUCGUUGUUCUCAGCCUCCUGUAGUGCCACGGCCACCACCACUGCCACAACCACUUUUUUCUCCUGUGGAAGAUGAGCCAUCAAACCCAAACCAACUGGACAAAAAUACAUUGCCAGAAGAUGACCCAGCAAACCAAAUGGUAUGUACUAUUUGUUUGACAAAUGGAAAGGAUUUAGCCUUUGGAUGUGGUCACAUGAGUUGCAGAGAUUGUGGAUCAAGGUUAAGCAAUUGUCACAUAUGCCGUCAAAGGAUCACCGCUCGUGUUAUGUUGUUUACGGGCUGAUUGCAGAAUGUAAAAAUCAUGUACAAUGGACUGUACGAACAUGACUUUAGUUGUUCGAUAGGUUCAUUGGUGUCCCAAAGUGUUUGAAUAUUAUGAUUGAUGAAAUUAACUAGUAAGUAGCUUGUGCCGCACGAGUUGUUCUUUUUAAUUUUAACAUAAUCAUUGGUGUCCUAUUGUGUUUGACAAUGAAAGUUUAAAGGAAUGGUUUGUUCUGGAUU